AUGGGUAUAUUUGAUCCCCAACCAGCUGAUAUUGAAAUGCUGCUUGCAGCAAAUUGCCAUAUAGGUUCUCGUAACUGUGAACCACCAAUGGAACCAUAUGUUUUUAAACGAAGGGCAGAUGGUGUUCAUAUUAUUAACCUUGGGAAAACUUGGGAAAAGCUUGUUCUUGCAGCACGAAUUAUUGUUACCAUUAACAAUCCUUCUGAUAUAAUUGCAGUAUCGUCACGGUUUUAUGGGCAGCGUGCCGUUCAUAAGUAUGCUAUGCAUACAGGAGCACAGGCUAUAUCAUCACGAUUUACGCCUGGCUCUUUUACAAACUACAUUACUCGUUCUUUUAAAGAACCUCGUUUGAUCAUUGUGACAGAUCCUCGAACAGAUAGCCAAGCUAUUAAAGAAUCGAGCUAUGUUAAUAUUCCAGUAAUUGCACUCUGCGACACAGAUAGCCCAUUACAAUAUGUAGAUGUUGCUAUUCCUACCAAUAAUAAGGGACGGCAUAGUAUUGGUCUUAUUUGGUGGAUGCUUGCUCGUGAAGUUUUGAGAUUGAGAGGGACUCUUGCAAAUAGGGAUGUUGAAUGGGGUGUUAUGGUUGAUUUAUAUUUUUAUCGUGAUUCAGAAGAGACAGAAAAAGAUACGGAAACUGAGCAAAAAACUCUUGAAGCUGCUAAUAAUACUGUUACUCAGUUUGCAUCAGUACAAGUAACUUCUGAAUGGGAAGUUACUGGACAGGCAGCUAACACGGGUAUUAUUACUAAUGUUACAGGUAAUGUUCAAUCUGUAGGAAACUGGGAUGAGAGUUUUUGA